CAACAUAUCCCACCCCACACACCACACCCCUCAGGGCAGGCCCCUCCACCCCACAGCCAACACCAAAGUCCAACCAUCUCCUCUUUUUUCUUUCCCUUCCCUCCACCAGCAGCACCAUCACCACCACCACCUUUAUUGGGUCGCUCCCCGCUCUAUCAAGAGAGAAAUGUGCCACAGUUGGUUAUUCACUUUCCUCUUCUUGGCACUCUUGCCCGGAAUGCCCGCCCUGCCAAACCCGGACCCGGUUCCGAUCCAGCCAUUCCUGCCGAGCCCGUCUCCCCAGGCCACCAUCCCCGCCUUCCCGGAGCAAUCGGCCAUCGCCAGCUGCCCUCUGGACCUCCCCGAGGAGCUCUUCCACGGCAUCAAAUCCUCGUGCGGUGCCGGCAAGGGCAAAUCGGGGUCGGAUUCAACUAGCCAGCUACACCGGAGCAGGUGCUGCCCGGUGCUCGCCGCCUGGCUCUACUCCGCCUACUCGGGCACGGCUCUGGGCCGGGCGGGGAGGGCGCCGCAAACGGCGUCGUACGAUCUCCCGCUCCUUCCCGACGAUUCCGAGACCUGUGUGGAUAGCCUCCAAAAAGCGCUCGGCGACAAAGGGAUAGAAUUGGCGAAGCCAAACGAGACCUGCGAUACGGUGUACUGCUACUGCGGGAUAAGGCUGCACCCCUUCAGCUGCCCGGAGGCGUUCUCGGUGUCGGAGAAGGGGAAGCUCGUUGGCGACGAGAGCGUGAAGAGGUUGGAAGGAGAUUGCUCCAGCCCCAACGGCAAUGGCUAUGUGGGUCUUGGCGGCUGCUCCAAGUGCUUGAACAGUUUAUACCUGCUGAAUGAGGACAACAGUGGAAAUAGCAGCAAGCUGGAGGACCGGACGAGUAAAAUGCACAGCAGGGACUGCGAGCUCAUGGGCUUGACGUGGCUGCUGGCGAAGAACCGAUCGGCGUACAUGCACACGGUGUCUUCCGUUCUCAGAGCCAUCAUGAUGAGCUCCGACGGCUCUCGUCCCCGAUCAUGCAGCCUCACCAGCGACGGCAUGCCGCUCGCAGUCGAUUCCUCGGAAAUCGACGAUCAGUCUUCGUCAACCAGGCUCCGAUUCUCCGUCGCUGUCGCGGUUCUGUCGCUCUCUUUGCUUUGCAUUAGCCGCAUUGCGACGACGACGACGUUCUAGUCGAGCUAGUUGCUGUACCAAACCCGAGAAAAAAGGAAGAAAAAUCGGAUGUGCUGUGUAAUGUUGUCAGAUUCAUGACCUUCAAUUUGUUAAUUUAGGUUUCCGAGUUCUUGUGCUCUCAACAGCGACUGGAUUCCGCUCGCCAUCGAUUCGUCGGAAAUCGACGCACUGUCUCCGUCAACCAGGCUCCGAUUCCCCGUCGCCUUCGCGGUUCUGUGGCUUCCUUUGCUUUACAUUAGCCGCACCGCGACGACGGCAUUCUGGUUGAGCGAGUGACUGUACCAAACCCUAGCAAAAAGAAGAAAAAAAUUGGAUGUGUUGUCACCUGUGUACGUACGUAAUGUUAGAAAAUGUCGCGCAACGGCUGAAAAUCGCCUGCAGUCGUCCGUUUCAAAUUGAAUGUGCUGUGUAACCUUUUCCGUCGGAGAAACCGGAUGUGCUGUGUAAUGUUGUAAGAUUCAUGACCUUCAAUUUGUUAAUUUAGGUUUC